GUGUAAUGUUCACGGCGAUAGCAAGCCACAAAUCCGUCGUUGCUUUGUGUGCGCGUGUGUGUAGUUCACCCUGCGCCCGUUAGAGGGAAGUCUAAAACCAUCUCCAUGGCAAUUUUAAAACUGGUGGUAAACACAAAGAGUAGCUACUGUGCAAGGACAGCGAGCUACAGCUACAAGUUAAACCCUCUAACAACAUGGAGAGAAUAGGUCUCGAUCAAUCGGCUUUAAAAGCGGUUGAUGACUACUGGGAAUACAGAAGGAUUGUGGGUGAUGAUGAUGGAGAAAAGCUCUUCACUCCAGGGCAAUAUGAGGAAUACAGGAAGAAGAUGUUUUCUCAGCGGCUUAAAAACCGGUUAUAUGUGAGCUAUGGAGUGCCUGGGGGUAUUGACUGUAAGCUGAUUGGCCCAGAAACACAGUGCUUCUGUGCACAUAGGUACAAGCAACAUAAAACAGACUGGGAAGUGGUUCCCUCUGAGCGACCCCUGGCCUUACCAUGCAGAGUCAAGGGAUGCUGCUGCCCUGCCUACGAGUAUGUUCCUCGGCUUGGACCGAACCCCGUGCGCUGCAGGUGUAAACACUUACCUCAACAUCACAGUGAAGCAGCAGGCCACUUGUGCAAGUCUUGCAAUUCCUGUUCUGGAUUCCAGAGUCCCUACACCUGUGGGUGUGGCCAGCCCAGCUCUGAACACCAGACCCUGGUUGAGACAAGGCUGGAGAGGGAGGCACGGGGUCAGCCUGUGGGCAGGGAUGUCCCUUAUGCUGCCAUGGGUGGGCUGACAGGGUUCAGCUCCUUGAUUGAUGGUUACCUAGCUUUGGAAAUCAGUGGCUCAGAUCAAGACAAAAAUGAAAGCCCUCAGCAGAGCUGCUCAGCAUUAAAGACCAACCAAACAUCAGCUAAAGCAUCAAGGUUUGCUCUCUGUAAGAGAGGGACCAACAAACAAUAAAAUGCAACAUCGGUUUGUGUGUAUCAAUAGGAUAAUGAAUAUCAAAUACUCAAUACAUACAUAUUUGGACACUGCUGAAGUUUUUGUCAUUUUAGGGAGAUUUUAGAUAAAAGAAUGAAGUUUUAACUCAAGGGUUUAACAAAAGUCCUGCACUGACGGAUUAAGAAUUACAGCCGUAUAGUGAAAUGGGGUGUGGCAAUAUGCGGAUUGUAUGUGGAUUGCAGGCAGCGAGUAAGCAUUGUAAGAAUUACAGCCAUUUUUAUACACUAUCCCCCAUUUACAGAGGCGUAAUUGGAUAAACCAGCAUAAUUUGAAAUAGGUUGUUUUUAAUACUUCUGUGAAAAUCCUGUGCAGUCAGUGACUGCCUGAAGUCUAGAAGCCAUGGAGAUCAUCAAAUGCUCUCUUUCCUGCAUGAGAUGCUCAGCGACCUUCUGUUGCUGCUUUCGGGUGUAUGUGCUUUGAGUUUGGUCUUCAGAAACUAUAAAACACGCUCUGUUGGGCUCAGAUUGGAUGACUGGCUUAGCCAUUGAAGAAUAUCCCAUUUCUGUGCGUUGUGAAACUCUUCGGUUGCUCUUGCAGUAUUCUUUGGGUCAUUAUCCAUUUGCACAUUGACAUGCUGUUCCAGUUUUGCAAUAUUUGGCUGCAUCUGUGCACACAGUAUAGUCCUGUAGAAAGCUAGUUUAAGAUGCAGUCUUAUUCACAAGGGGUCGCCACAGGGAUAGCUUGCAUGUUUGAUUUGGCAGAUUUUUUUAAUGUAGGUUGGCCUUUCUGAAGGGAUUUGCGUCUCCCCUUGGGAUUGAACCAGGGAUUUUCUGCUUAUUAGGUGAAUGUGUAAACCACUUACUAUGUGUAGGUUAAUGAAUCCACAGGCUCAUAUUUGCAGCCUGAAAUCUGCAUACUAUCUACAUACAGCCACACCCCCAUUUCUCUGCAUAUACUAUGGCUGUAAUUCACAAUCAGUUGAUGCGCUACUUUUGCUAAACCCCCUGAAAUAAGCCAAACAUGUCUAUUGUUUGAUUUAAAAUCUACCAUGGCACUGUGCAGAAGCAAGACUACCGUCAAAAAAAAAUGUCAUUGGCCUUAACUGCCUCUGUAUGCCUUUUCCAGAGUUGAAGAACAAGCAGCUUGGUUCAAAGUGAAAUCAUUUCAGCUUUCACUGAAAAGUAUGUCUUUGUCAGUGUCGUGACAAAGUGAUAUAAUCAGCUGUCAGCAAAAGCUGUGACUAAAUCCCACCAUGCAACUGAACAAUUACUGACAAUACAGUAUAUUGGUUCAGUCAAAGAGCUGAGUGGGGGAGCCACUGGCAGCAUUAUUACGAUGAUCCAGAUUUUGACACACUGUUUUUGUGAACUUUUAAGAAGACAA